CCCACUUUGUUUCCUCUAACACUCUCACAGCCGCAUUUGCAUCAUCAGAAAGUGCUCCAUGUUUCUGCAGGCCUGACGGAGCCCACGAGGAAGCUGCAGCUCUCGUCAAAAUGAACGGUGCUGCUGUCAUCGCGCUCUUGUGUGUUUUAGCUGAAGCUGCAGGACAGGAGCAGAACGUCUCCUCCUCCCCAAUCUCUCUAUUUUCCACUGGUAUACCAACAACUGCUUAUAAUCCCCCUGAAGCUUCUCUUCGACUCCUCUCCUCCUAUUUGAAAGUCUUCCCGUCUGAGAGCGUGACCAUGUUUUGUCAAAUCAUUGAUGACUCUGACUGGACCUUCACCUGGUUCAGGAACAACCAGACUCUGGACUCAGACUCCAGUGUGUCUUACUCUGAGAACAGAUCGGUGCUGAUCAUCACUGCAGCCGCACAAACUCACACAGGAAGUUACUUCUGUCAGGGUCGGCGGAAAACUAGUGGUGUUUUCUCCAAGAGCAGCGACCCACUGCACCUUGACGUUUUUGAAAAUCAACCUCGACUCAGCGUGGAAAAGAGUCCGAACCAUGACGCCAUGUUCUCAGGAGAGUCUGUUACCUUCACCUGCUCCGUCCACCCUGUCACUCCCGGAUGGAGUUAUUCUUGGUUCCACAACGGGGCUAUAAUCCAGGGAAAGAACUCAGAGACUUAUCCUGUAGUUUCUGUUAAUCCUUCUGACGCCGGUCAGUACAAAUGCACAGCCACAAGAAACCAACCCAAACCAUUCACAUCCGAUGAGAGUCAAGCAGUUUCUCUGAACGUUUCUGCCCCGCCCCAACCGUUGCUAAAACGUGUCUCUUCAUGGCUGGAUGUGUUUAAAGGAGAGACGGCAGAGCUAAAGUGUGAGCUCCCUGGCUCUGAUUGGACAUUUUCUUGGUACAGAAAUGAUCUGAAGUUUAAGGAUGAAAGUACAGCCGUUCUUCUCAUCGGUGCAGUCAGUGAAAACGAUGGGGGCGUGUUCUCCUGCAGCGCUCGGCUGCGGUCCAGGAACGUUAGCUCUGUGCUAAGCAACACUCAAACCCUUAGAGUUCAUGAAACAACUCCUACACCCACGGUGAGUAAAUCUCCUGCAUUUAAUCCUAUGUAUGUGGGAGAAACAGUGACCUUCACGUGCUCAGUGCUCGUGUCCUCGGGCUGGCAAUACCACUGGUACAAAGAUGGAGCGCCUCUGCCGUCGCUCACCGGCAGUACGAUCAGUCUACUAUUAGGUCAGUCUGAUGGAGGAAGGUUCUCAUGUGAAGCCCGCAGAAAUCAAUCCACCGUCACAAGCCGCAGCUCUGAAAUCAACCUGGUGGUUCACGAAACUCCUGCUCCCCGGGUGAAGAACUUGACUUCCUGGUUGGAUUUGUUUCCCUCUGAGAUGGUGGCUUUGACCUGUGAGAUGACCUCAGGCUCCAACUGGACUUACACGUGGUACAGGGAUGGACUCCGGGUCAACACUGAUGAAACUGUGUUUUUGGCCAAAGAUGGAUCAACUCUCAAGAUCAGCUCUGCUUCAACUAGACAUAAAGGGAAGUAUGAGUGCAAGGGACACCUACUGGACAGAAAUGUGAACAGCAACUUCAGCUCUGGAAUCCCUAUCAGUGUUUAUGAUGGAAAACCUAGUGCCUCCCUGAAACAGAAGCCUUCAUACACGCUCAUGUUUCCUGGAGAGUCUGUCACCUUCAGCUGCCUUGUCCCUGUCUCUGCUGGAUGGGAAUACGUCUUCUACCAAAAUAAGCGUCAGCUGGUCAACACAGGGACCACGUUGCUGGUGCAGUCGGUCCAGGCAAGGUCUACAGGAUCAUACACGUGCCGAGGAAAAAGAGGCACGACUUCAGUCUUCUGGAGUGAUUACAGUCAUGUUAUACAACUGGAGGUCAAAGGCAGAAAACCAAAACCAUUGAUCAGACACAUACCAAACACUGACAAAGUUUAUUCUGGCGAGACACUGUACUUUGUAUGUGACGUUCCCAGCUCAGCUGAUUGGACAUUUCUGUGGUACAGAAGUGGAAGAUUGCUCCCCUUCAACAGCAGACAUUUCCAAAUUGAUAGUUGUACAACUUCAGACAGCGGCCAUUAUGAGUGUGAACCUAAAAGACACAGUUCUGAGUACGUCACUGAACGCAGUAAUAAACGACACCUCCUGGUUUCUGAAAUCCCCGUUCCAGCUUUAAAGAACCUCACUCAGUGGUUGGAUGUGUUUCCCACUGAGCGUGUGUCUCUGAGCUGUGGAAUGGACUCCACCUCCGCCUGGAAAUACACGUGGUACAGGGAUGGAUCGAAGCUCCCGGGGAAUGACCACACCGUGGCUCUGGACUCCGACGGAACCAUUCUAAACAUCGGCUCUGCUUCUGCGGAACAUUCGGGAGAGUACAGCUGCUCAGGGACCCUAAAGAGUAGACCGGUCCACAGCAACAGAAGCUCAACACUGACACUCAGAGUUUAUGCUGAAAAACCUAACGUGACUCUGACUCGAAGUCCUGACUAUGACAAACUGCACAGCAGGGACUCGGUUUCCUUCACCUGUCUGGUGACAGUGUCGUCUGGAUGGGACUUCCUGUGGUACAAAGAUGAAAAGACGUUGGAGCAAACCACCAACAACUACACCAUUGAUUCUGUUGAAAUCGGAAGCUCUGGAUGGUACAGCUGUCUGGUUAAAAGAGGAACUGCGUCAGUCUUUGAAUCUGACCACAGUCCGACUGUCAGACUUAGCGUUGAUGAACGCCCCCUGGCUGAAAUCGUUCUACUGACUGGUUGGUCUGAGGUGUUCCAUACAGACAGCCUGGUGCUUAGCUGUGAGGUCACCGCUGAGUUGGCUGAAGAGGGCACGCGGUGGAACUACACAUGGUUCAGAGCAGGAGUCCAGAUCAAACUUUCCGCUUCGAAAAGACACGUCGUCACACCCCAUGACGACCCAGAUCAGAGCGACUACAGCUGCCAAGGUGUUCGCUCCGGAAGACCGUCCUACACCACCUCCAGUCAACCUUUAAAGACGAGAAACCUUCUUCUGAAGAGGAGAAUUCUUCUUUCCAUCUCCGGCUGCCUCUUCUUCGGACUCAUCGCCGUCUUCCUCGGAUGCAUUGUCCUCCGAUUUACGCGUAAACGAGUUCAUCUUGAUGAGGUUCCUGAAGAAGAAAACCUGUUUCUGACCAUGGCACAGCUGAAGGACCGAACUGAUGGAGUGAACCCUCUGACUGAGUAUCUGACUGAUAAGGAUCUAACCCAAGAAACUACAGAGAAUGGCACAAUAAGCAGUGAAACAACACCAUUACCCAUAACCACCCCGGAGGACCCAGCUUUGAAAAUUGAAAGCAAUGGAACGGAAGACAACGACGGAGGAAUGGUUUCGUUCAAACAGUAAACGGCCUGAGAGGUAUGGAGUCAGUGUCUACCCGACAAUGACGAUCACGUGAUGCUUACCUUUAACUCACAAACUACGAUUGUGUGAAGUCACCUGUACUGGGAUCCUAUGUUGUCAUCAACACUUAGUUCAAAUUUCAAAUCAUUUUAAAUGUAUUUAGUUUACUAUUUUACUCCAAAAAAAAAGGCUUCAUUACAGUGAGGUAAAAUUACAGUUUUCUCUUUGUUUGCCUACAGCAGCAGGUAGGUUUUACCAAACUGAAUUAGCCACUGGAUAAUUAUACUGCAGCUUUUAUAAAACUCCUUAUGAUACAAGUAGUAAAAGAUUUUUGUUCUUUAAAAUGUACAAUUUGUUACUAUUGUGUCAAAAACUGUUUAUUUAUACAUUUUAUAUACUGAAUUUGUUUAACCCUAACCCUAUUUGUAUAUUGUUAAAUUUUCUGUGACUCAUUAUAAAACAUGCAAGUAAAAACUAGUCCUUAACGGUUCAAAACAUUACAUGUAAAUGCGCAUUAUAUGAUAAUGAAUUAUCUUUAUUAUUGUUCUGUAUGUAACAGCACCCAGAUAUAUGUUGUAUAAGUAAGGCUAUUAUUUCAAAACGUUGAUGUAUAAAAUACAUGAAAGUUAAUUAAACUAAAACAU